AUGAAAACACAAUCCUCCCAGACUUUGAUAAAGAAACUUGCACAAGCUUUUUUCCGUGUUCACCUGAAGGCUAAUAGUGGGAAGGGGAAUGUUGAAAUUCCCCAGUGGAUGAAAAAAUUCGAUAGACCAACAAAACAUUUUAAUAUAGCGGCUCCGUCUUACCGUGAGGUGACAAACAUAAUCAAGAAAAUAAAGCCUGGAUCCUCUGCUUGCCCAUUCGAUCAAAUCAGUAUAAUUAUUCUUAAACGAUGUCCGUUCCUUCGAACUGCAUUACACCGUAUUCUAGUAUACUGCUGGGAGGGAAAUGUUGUUCCUAGAAUCUGGAAGCAUGGCUUUACAAUCUUAAUACAUAAGAAAGACUCCCCACAAGAUCCUUCAAACUUUCGACCGAUUACACUUCAGCCGGUUUUCGGCAAGGUGUUCACAUCAAUAAUUCGCAAUAGAAUUUACUCAUUUCUGAUGGAUAACAAAUAUAUAGAAACCAAAAUUCAAAAAGGUUUCUGGGAAGAGGUGUCUGGUACGAUAGAACACACCGAACUGUUAACUCACAUUAUAAACCAUGCGCGCAACAAUAAAAGGCAUUUGAUAGUCACUCUACUCGAUUUAAAAAACGCGUUUGGUGAAGUUGACCAUCAACUCCUUUCAACUGUACUAGAACACCACCAUGUUCCGACAACUGUAACAGAGCUUAUCAAAAACCUGUAUGAUAACUACACCAUCUCAGUAGGCACAGAAAGCUUUAUUACAAACCCAAUUUUAGUUGGUAAAGGAGUUCUUCAAGGUGACUGCCUUUCUCCCCUUUUAUUUAAUAUGUGCGUUAAUACCCUCAUCAAAUGUAUAGAAGAUGAACGUGUACAAUGUAUUGGCUAUUCAUAUUGUGAAUACCUACGCCCCAGACACUGGUUCCAGUUUGCAGACGACACUGCACUAGUCACAACAUCUGAAGAAGAUAACCAAGCUCUCCUCGACGUAUUCACUAAAUGGUGCCGUUGGGCAGGCUUCCAGGUUAGAGUUAAUAAAUGCUCUACAUUUGGAAUCAAGCACAACGGGAAAAAGGCUACGCCAUUUAAGCCUUAUCUCAAAGUAAAUAAUCAGAUGAUUCCUCAGGUUGAGAUAAACGAAUCAUUCCAAUAUCUAGGAAAGCAAUUCAAUUAUAAAAUGGACACGGUCGUAAUCGAACAGGAACUAGAAUAUGAUCUUUUGGAAUAUUUAGAGAAAAUUAACAGGCUUCCUUUGCACCCUAGAAAUAAAAUUCUGAUUAUCACGAAGUACGUCUACAGUAAACUGCGAUGGCGUUUAUCAAUCUACAGGCUUUCACAAACUUGGGUGGAACAGCACUUAGAUAACAAGAUCAUCUCUUAUAUCAAGCGUUGGCUACAUUUCCAUAAAGGUGCAAACAUGACGCAUCUGAAGUUAGCUAGCAGCAAAUUAGGUGUCGGUCUCCAACUGGCUUCUGAUGUUUACAGAUACUGUAAGCUGUCUAUUAGAAAAAUUCUUUCUAAAUCCAUCAACAAUGAUAUGAGAUGCCUGUUCAAUCUUACCAAGUUCAAUAAUGUGCAAACUGAUUGCUUGAUUUAUAACAACGACAAUCCUCGAUCAGCUCUUAAGCAACAAAUCGAAAAUACCGUGGUGGAACAUCUCUCGACUCUUAAGGAACAGAAUACGAUCAUGAAACAUGCUAGACAGGUAGCAUCUCCUAAGCAUAUAACAAUGUGGGACAACAUCUGCCGCCAAAUGCCAAAGAAUAUAUUCGUGUUUGCGAGACGAGCCUUGAUAUAUUCUCUGCCAAAUAAUUCAAAUCUAUAUCGAUGGAGGAAAAGUGAUAACCCAUCUUGUGAAUUGUGCUACUCAAACAAACAAACACAACUUCACAUGCUUUCUGCCUGUCCGGUUUCGGCAGAUGAAGGUCGAUACACAUGGCGACAUGACUCAAUUAUUUACACUUUGCUUCACUAUGUAUCUCAACUAAGGAAAUACGGAUUUCGAAUCUAUGCUGAUCUAGACAAUUUUGACAAUCCUAACGAAUUCUUCCAUUCAUUCCGCCCAGACAUUGUACUAAUAAAAGAUGACAGAAUCUUCAUUUUGGAAAUGACGUGUUGCUUUGCAACAAACUCUGAAAAGAGCAGGAACCUAAAGAUCAGCAAAUAUAGGGAUAUUCAAAAUGAUUGCAAGAAAAGGUUUCGACACUGGAGAAAGAUUUUCGUUGAAUUUACAACACUUGGACUAGUAACAAAACAUAUAGAUGACUUAUACAGUGUUUUUAAAAAUACAAACAUUAAUUAUAAGAGAAUGAUUGAAAAGUGUAUGGAAGUAGCUAUGCGUGCCUCAUUUUAUAUAUAUGUACGCCGUAACAAACAAUGGACAUCUCCGCCUAUCUUAAAGUUUUAUUAA